GCAUUUCUGAAUCUCUUCAAGCAAGGUUGAGCAAUUCCCUGUUGUGGCCUCAUGCAGCCUCCUCUUCUUUGAACCUCACUUCUGCCUGCCACAUUUGAAACUCGCAGUCCUUUUCCUUCUCUUCCACUUCCAGUCUGGCCAGCUCUAGUUUUGUAGCUGCCUCAAUGGUACUCAUUUUUCUGCUUUCUUGUGCUUAUUUCCCUCACCCAAAAUAAACAAACAGAAAAUAACAAAACGGGUGACCUCCUCCUGACUGUUGUUAGCCACUGCAUUUAAGACUCACUUAAAAUCACAAAUAUCUGUGCUUAAAGUGUGACCUUCACUCAGAGUAACAAGCCGUACUGUGACAAAGUUCCUCCUCUAUCUUGGUUGGUCCUGCGCUUAUUGGCAGAUUUUCUUGUCUCAGAGAUUCACCAUGUGGGUUGAGGAACAGCCCAGAGACCUUCCCCUCUGGAAGAACUCACAGUCCAGGUCAAUUGGGAGGUUUGGGGGGAACCCAGGCCCACCCACCCUCUACUCUGGGUUCCAGCCUAGGGCCCUGUGGACUGCAGCUGUCUAUAAUGCCUCCUGUAACAGUUGCAUGACAGCUACAACUCCCUGGGCUACUUCCCCAUGGCCUCCUCCAAACACCUUCCUUAGUCUCACCACAGGACCUUCCUCCUGGUGUCUGAUAAUGCUUGUGCACCUCAGUCCUCCAGCAGCAUAGCACACACUCUCAGCUCCUCACCACAAACUGCAGUGAGCUCCUUUUUAAAACCCAGGUGCCCUGAUUAGCCUGCCUUAAUUGAUUCUAGCAGCUUCUUCUUAAUUGGCUCCAGGUGUCCUAAUUAGCCUGCCUGCCUUAACUGGUUCUAGCAGGUUCCUGAUUACUCUAGUGCAGCUCCUGCUCUGGUCACUCAGGGAACAGAAAACUACUCAUCCAGUGACCAGUAUAUUUGCCCUCUACCAGACUCCUGUACCCCACUGGUCUGGGUCUGUCACAGUACAUACACCCUGCUCGCUGCGCCACUGUGAUGUUCCCCUCUGGUGUUAUCUGGACUGGUGAUCUGCUAGGCCACUCCAAUCCUUGACUAUGGGGGGUGGGAUAGCUCAAUGGUUUGAGCAUUGGCCUGCUAAACGCAGGGUUGUGAGUUCAAUCCUUGAGGGGGCCACUUAGGGAUCUAGGGCAAAAUCGGUACUUGGUCCUGCUAGUGAAGGCAGGGGGCUGGACUUGAUGACCUUUCAAGGUCCCUUCCAGUUCUAGGAGAUAGGAUAUCUCCAUUAAUUAUUUAAUGGGAGCCAGCCUUACCCUGCUCUGCUGUGAGAACCCCCACUCCUGGGCUGGUCAUGCACAGCCUCUGGCAUGUAAGCUGCUCCUUGGAUUGUGCAACCAAAUGACACUAGCCAAUAUCUCCAGUCCCAGACACAACCCUAGGAACCUCCGUCUUGCAGUGUCCAGUUAUGCCCACUGGAUGCUGCAAGCUUAUAUGAGUUUGUCAAUUUAACAAAGAAAUUGAUAUGUACCAGGCUUGUUAUCCCAAGGGGAGUCUCUGACACACUUCAAACCAAACGCGCUGCUUCAGGUAGAAUAAACAAACACAUUUAUUAACUACAAAGAUAGAUUUUAAGUGAUUAUAAGUCAAAGCAUAACAAGUCAGAUUUGGUCACAUGAAAUAAAAGCAAAACGCAUUCUAAGCUGAUCGUAACACUUUCAAUGUCCUUACAAACUUAGAUGCUUCUCACCACAGGCCGUCUGGUUGCCCUUCAGUCAGGCUCUCCCCUUUGAUCAGCGCUUCAGGUGCUUGCUGUGGUGUCUGUAGAUGUAGUGGAAGAGAGAGAGAGAGCAUGGCAAACAUCUCUCCCUUUUAUCAUGUCCUUUCUUCCCUCUUGGCUUUGCCCCCCCACCCUCAGAGUCAGGUGAGCAUUACUUAGGGCUUGUCUAUACUUACAUUUUAUAGCGCUCUAACUUGCUGGCUCAGGGGGGUGAAAAAUCACCCCCCUGGCACUCCCGUGGCAGCGCUUUGAAGUUUCUAGUGUAGACAUAGGCUGAGUCUCUCCAAGCAAGGUUGAGCAAUUCCCCUGUUGUGGCCUCAUGCAGGUGAGUCAUUGCAUUGUAGUUCCCUUGCUGGACAACAGCUUCCACCCCACCAUCAACCUCAGCCUGGACCAAUCUACACGGGAGGUCCACUUCCUAGACACCACGGUACAAAUAAGUGAUGGUCACAUUAACACCACCCUAUACCGAAAACCCACCAACCGCUAUGCCUACCUUCAUGCCUCCAGCUUCCAACCUGGACACACCACACGAUCCAUCGUCUACAGCCAAGCGCUGAGGUACAACCGCAUUUGCUCCAACCCCUCAGACAGAGACCAACACCUACAAGAUCUUCACCAAGCAUUCUCAAAAUUGCGAUACCCGCAGGAGGAAAUAAGGAAACAAAUCAACAGAGCCAGACAUCUACCCAGAAGCCUCCUGCUACAAGACAAGCUCAAGAAAGAAACCAACAGAACUCCACUGGCCAUCACCUACAGUCCUCAACUUAAACCUCUCCAACGCAUCAUCAGUGAUCUACAACCCAUCCUGGACAACGAUCCCUCGCUUUCACAGACCUUGGGAGGCAGGCCAGUCCUCGCCCACAGACAACCCGCCAACCUUAAGCAUAUUCUCACCAGCAACCACGCACCGCACCAUAACAACUCUAACUCAGGAACCAAUCCAUGCAACAAAUCUCGAUGCCAACUCUGCCCACAUAUCUACACCAGCAACACCAUCACAGGACCUAACCAGAUCAGCCACAACAUCACCGGUUCAUUCACCUGCACGUCCACCAAUGUAAUAUACGCCAUCAUGUGCCAGCAAUGCCCCUCUGCUAUGUACCUCGGCCAAAUUGGACAGUCACUACGUAAAAGGAUAAAUGGACACAAGUCAGAUAUUAGGAAUGGCAAUAUACAAAAACCUGUAGGAGAACACUUCAACCUCCCUGGCCACACAAUAGCAGAUUUAAAGGUAGCCAUCCUGCAGCAAAAAAACUUCAGGAAAGAGAAACUGCUGAGCUUCAGUUCAUUUGCAGAUUUGACACCAUCAGCUCAGGAUUAAACAAAGACUGAAUGGCUAGCUAACUACAAAAGCAGUUUCUCCUCCCUUGGUGUUCACACCUCAACUGCUAGAAGAGGGCCUCAUCCUCCCUGAUUGAACUAACCUCGUUAUCUCUAGACUGAUUCUUGCCUACAUAUUUAUACCUGCCUCUGGAAACUUCCACUACAUGCAUCUGAUGAAGUGGGUAUUCACCCACGAAAGCUUGUGCACCAAUACGUCUGUUAGUCUAUAAGGUGCCACAGGACUCUUUGUCGCUUUUUGCUGGACAAUGGCUGUUGAUGGUUGUUUGACACCCCGCCCAGGUGUUGGUUACUUUCUUUGCAGUUGCCUCUGGGAAGCUAAUAUCUGGCUGAUUCCCCAACUUACAGCAUGUUCUAGUGACAACCAUACUACACAAUUCUCAUCUGCAUGAAUGAUAUACAUAUAUGGAUAGAGAACUGACUUUCAGCAGAUCAUAACUUUUCCCCUGAUACCUUACAAGGCAUGCUUUAUACAUAAGAUCAGUAUUAUAUGAAAAUGAGGAAUAUGGGGGUGACAGCAUGCUCCCCUAGGGGAUAGAAUGUCACAGUGGAUUAUUGUGACAUUUUAUGAACUGGCACAUACCUUUUGCAUUUGAUCUUACAAUUGGGGUUAAGUGUUUAGGUCCAUUAAGCACAACAGACACUAGGGGCCUGUGCUGAUACUGUGUGUGGAGGGAGCUCUCUGAAGGCCUUUGGGGAAGAUCUUCUUCCCUGUGAGAGUUGGUUUUCCUAUCAGGGACCAUUCUGCCCCUGCGGAUACAGGAGAGGAAUCUCUCUAAGGGAGCAGGAGCCGUGGGGGCUCUGACUGCCUGGGAGCUGGGCAGCCUGUAGUUAGGAGCAAAUGCAGAGACCCCUGCAGUCUCCUGUUCUCUCCCUGGAUCUAGGUCUUUGAACACAGUCUGGGGGACAAGCUGUGGGUUAGGGGGUUUCUGACUCUGAAUGCUCUGUCC